UUCAUGCGACAGUAGUGUUGCUAGUUUAUCUUUGGCAAAAAGUGAUAGUGGAUCUUAAGAUUGUCUUCGAAGUGCUAGUUAAGACCAGUUUGGGAGAGUUUAGGCAGAAAUUGAUACUACAUUGUUAAUAUGAGAUUUUUGAGCGGCUGCAAUAGGAGUAGAAUAUUAAAUUCAAAUUUGCGCAGAUUCACUGUGGUAUUUAACCGGUCGUUUGCAAAAAGUGGAGGUCAAGGAAACUAUAAACCAUACAGUGACAUCCCCGGGCCGAAAGGGAUCUUUGGAAUUGGAUCAUUUUAUAAUUAUUUUUCAUUUAUUGGAAAAUAUAGUUGGGACGAGCUACAUUUAUCGGGCAUAAAGAAAUAUCAACAAUAUGGACCAAUUGUUAAGGAGCGGCUCUAUCCUGGUGUCGAUCUUCUAUUCUUGUUUGAUCCAGACGACAUAGCUACUCUACUCAAUGAUAAAAAUUCCAAAGAUUACCCGCAGAGGAAGAGUCACCUGGCGCUAGCCAAAUAUCGUAACGAGAGGCCUCACAUAUACCGGUCUGCUGGAUUAUUGCCCACAAACGGUCCUGAGUGGUGGCGUCUAAGGUCAGAAUUCCAAAAGGGUCUCAGCUCACCUAAGCAUGUUCGUAGCUUCCUACCUGAUGUGGAUGUGGUUACCAAUGAUUUUGUAGAUAAUCUUAAGACAGACUGCAUAGUAGACCUUUUACCUGAAAUAUCCAGAUUGAACCUAGAGUUAACUUGUCUUCUGGCUUUCGAUGAGCGAAUGAAUAGCUUUUCUCCUGAAGAAAGAAGGCCCAAUUCACGUUCUUCUCGACUCAUGAGAGCUGCCAAAACAGCUAAUGGUUGCAUACUUCCUACCGAUCAAGGUUUUCUUUGGCGAUUUUUUGAAACUCCAACAUAUAAAAAACUGAAAAAAUCUUUGGAAUACAUAGAAAGUUUGGCAGUUGACUUCGUAUCGCAAAAACUUAACUACUAUAAAGAAGAGAUAGAAUCACCUGAAAAUCCUCAAUCCCGUCAACGAUGCUCAAUUCUAGAAGAAUAUUUGCGGAACCCAAAUUUGGACUUAUCAGACAUAGUUGGAAUGGCGGCUGACUUACUUAUGGCUGGAGUAGAUACGACAUCGUUUAGUAGUUGCUUCGCAAUAUAUCAUUUGGCAAAAAAUCCUGAAGUUCAAGAGAAGUUAUAUGAAGAAGCAUGUCGUGUACUUCCUGAUCAUGAUGACUCAAUUACAACUGAAAUAUUGAACUCGAAGGUCCCUUAUACUCGUGCAGUUUUGAAGGAAGCGCUACGUAUUAAUCCAAUAUCGGUAGGAGUUGGGCGAAUACUGAGUUCAGAUACGGUCUUCAGUGGCUAUUUAGUACCAAAAGGAACUAUCAUUGUUACUCAAAAUAUGGUUGCAUGCAGAUUGGAGAAGAAUUUUGAAGAUUCUUUUAAGUUUAUACCGGAACGGUGGAUUGAACGGGGAAAGGUUAAUCCUCACUUAUUGUUACCUUUUGGACAUGGUAUGCGAUCGUGUAUUGCAAGAAGAUUGGCAGAGCAGAAUAUGCUAGUAUUCCUUUUGAGGAUUAUUCGAAAGUACUCGAUUGAAUGGAGUGGAGUAGAAGAGCUGGGUGUUAAAACAUAUCUUAUAAAUAAUCCCGAUAAUCCGGUGCACGUUACACUGCACCGACGACCACACAAUCGUCAUUAAUUUCUUAUCUUUCUAAUUUUUUAUAUUGUUUUAAAUAAACCUUU